CGCGCGUGUGGUGGCGCGGGGUGGGCGCGCGGCGCGGCCAUGCCGGGCAGGAAGUCUUCCAAGGAGAAGAAGCGGCGCCGUUCGCGUUCCUGCUGCCCAGAGGGAGCCCCGGGGCCGGACGGCAGCGACAGGAAGCGCCGGAGCACCGAGUCCAGCCACGGUGCCCUGGAGGAAACAAAAUGCAAUGCACUCUCUGGAGUAAAAGUGGAAGAAGCUGAGCAACCCAGUGAUAUAGAAGAAGGAGGAUUAGAUCUCACUGUGUCACUCAAACCUGUCAGUUUUUACAUUGCUGACAAAAAGGAGAUGCUUCAACAAUGUUUCUGUGUCAUAGGGGAGAAGAAACUACAGAAGAUGCUUCCUGAUACUUUAAAGAACUGUUCCAUGGACGAAAUCAAAAGACUUUGCAUGGAGCAGUUGGAGCUGUUAUCUGAAAAAAAACUGUUGAAGAUACUUGAAGGCAAGAUUGGAGCUGAUUCUGAUACUGACGAGGAGGCAGAUGGAGGAGACAAGACUGGAGGUGAUUCAGUCAGUCAACAGGACAACAGUAUAGACUCAACUUCUUCUCUGAGAGAAGACAGCAAGCUCGAAGGUCAGGAAUUAAAACAAGGCAAGGGAGAAGAUAGUGAUGUCCUCAGCAUAAAUGCAGAUGCAUAUGACAGUGACAUAGAAGGCCCGUGCAAUGAGGAGGAUGGCCCAGAUGUGCAGGAAAGCACUAUUAGAACUGGAGCUGGUCAGAUAGAAGACCUUCAGAAGGACAUUGAGAAGAGUGUGAAUGAGAUACUGGGGUUGGCAGAGUCCAGCCCAAAGGAGCCCAAAGCAGCAACCUUAGCUGUUCCUCCAUCAGAAGAUGUUCAGCCAUCAGCACAGCAGCUGGAGCUUCUGGAACUUGAGAUGAGGGCCAGAGCUAUUAAGGCUCUAAUGAAAGCUGGUGAUGUGAAAAAAAAACCCUGAGGCUGUUCAGAUGGCAUUUUCCCUAUUUGUUUUGAAGAAGGUGAUGUCUGUUCUCUUCAGCGCUUCUCUUCAGUAUGUUUGGGUUGGGUAUGACAUUCCUUGUUCAGACUGUGUUGUGUAUCCUGACCUGUGGUUCUGUGGUUUUGUUGCCUUUAGUGUGCUGCUUCCAUGACAUGCACAAACAGAGGUUGAUGCUUCCCUGAGAUGAGGUGUCUUUGUGCUGAGUCACCUCCUCAAGGAGUCACACCUCAUAUAGAGCUGUGCCAGGAACCUGGUGCCUUCCAGAAAGGUUGUUGUAAAAACUUAGAAUCAUAGAAUGGUUAGGGUUGGAAGGGAUUUGAGACUACUUAAUUCUCCUUGGGGCUCAUCUCAUAAUAAUGUGGGUAUUCUAAUGAAAGUCUGAUGGUUUGUUUAAAAGCAUACUCAAUUUUUUGAAAUUAAAGGGAAGGAUUUUUACCCUUAAAUUAAACAGUUGAACAUGUUAUUUUCAGAGUUGUGAAAGUGCCUGAAAGAAACAGAGCAGAGUUUAUUACACUGCCAUGUAGUUUGUCACUUUUCUCCACUCUUUUUUAUUGUAACUGAAGAAAGCAGAGUUUCUUCCUAACUGUAAAGGUUUUGUUUUGGCAUAAUAUUUAGCAUAAUUUGGCAAAAUAUUUAACAAGUCAAACAGAUCAGAAGAUCUUGAGCUUUUAACAUUCAACUGAUGUAGUCAUUUCAUGUCUCCGUAAAUAAGGAAAAUCCACCUAAUUUCAAUAUUUUUUUAGAAAAGGCAUUUAAUUUAUUUAUGAGGUUCUAAAAUAUUAAUUCUGUUUUUAUCUACUUCAAGGUAUUCCUUUGCAAAUAAAUUGAAUUUAGAAUUAAUUUUCAUACUAUAAUAUCUUAUAACAAUUUAUUUUAAUUUUUUUUUAGAAUUAGUGCUGGUUUUAUAUCUGGCUGCUAAUCAAAGCAUAUUAAAAUAUUUGUGUGUUUGUUUACACAUGCAGAUAUCAAUUUUUUUCUUUAAAGGCUUGAAGUUUAUAGUUGCAGUCUUUGUUAAGAAAAAUAAUGUAUUACAUGUUUUUAUUAAUUAUUUUUCCUUGGUUGUUACUUAGAAAGCCGGUUACAUACUUUGCAGCAGUAGCAGAGAUAAUUUAUCCUCCUACUGUGUAAUAUUACUGCAAACCUAAGUCCAAGCAGAUUUUAUGUCUUAAAUUCUUUUAAGGCUUAUGGUGUCCUUUUAAUUCUUGCAUUUUAUCCCUUUAUUCUUCCUUCCCUUUAUUCCCUUUCUUUUUUCCUGUUUCCUUUUAAGCCCUUUUCUGUAGCAAGCAUCUUGUAUAUUUCUUAAGUAUGGUUGAUUUCCUCUAGAAUCAACAUUAUUGUAAAGUGUUAGUGCAGUGUAAAUUUGAUAAUAAACUGAAACCUCAAUUAAAUACAGUUCAGAAAAUUACAAUGUGCUUCCACUAAGUGAUAUCAGUGACCUGGGUGAAGUGUACCUGACUAGUGAUAUCUACAGCAUCAAAUUUUUUUUUCUAUUACUUUGUAGCAAAUGGAGGGUGUAGUUAAAAUAUGUAAAAACAAUUCAAAAAGUAAUUUUACUGUCUCAAAAUCUGUGGGUAUUGUCUUUAGUUAAUUUCAUUUAGCUGUUUGGUGAACUUGUGUUUUGAGUCCAGAGAAACUACAGAAGUAAUCACAGAAAAACAGCUGGCAAAACUUAGGUAUGCUGUCUUCUCUUUUACAAAGUCCGUAGGCUGGUAGAACUGUGUUAGAUUUUAAAGAUACAUUUUAGUGCUGCUGUACUUGGGUCAUUAAGGCACUGAAUACCUUGCCUGCUGUGGAAGUGCAAAAGCUUGUUUGCAAGGGCAUUUCCUGCAUCACCAGAAGAAGCCACAGGUAGGAGGUUUAUUCAGUGAUGCUGCAAAACAGCACAUUUUGGUUGUUUGGCAACACAAAAGUACUGCUGGAAGAAAUGAUAAACUAGCGUGUAAUUGCCUUCUGACUACUUUCUGGGGGGGUGUGGUAUUUAUUAUUUUCCUUCUGUUUCCGAGGUCACCCUUAGAAGUUUGUUUUAUAGCAUGUUGAACUGUUAAAGGUUGCUAUUUCAAGCUCUCUAUCAAGAAGUUGCAAACGCUAACUUUAGCCUGUAUAGUGACAGAGAUGAAACAGGUUUACUAUGCAUAUGACACAGAAGAUUUGUAAUUACAUUCUAAUUAAAUUCAAAAUUAAAAGAUGAGAAGUAUUCCAAGAAAAUUCAAUUAAGCUGUUUACAAAAAUAAAAUAAAAAGUCAUAUGAGAUACUUAAUGUGAUUGGUUACACUAGUGCUAAUUCAUUUUUAGGAUAUUGUACUGUUGCUGCUUAGGUUAAAAACAGAUCAGCUAAAUUGCAUGUGUUCUUGCAUUGAUUUGUAUCACUGAAGAGAUGAAAAAAUCCAGUUAAUUUAAAAUAUUUAUGAUAUGGCUGUUUUGUUUUUCACUUUUAAAUAUGUCUGUGAUUUCUUCUUGAAAAAUAAAUUUAUUAUUUCAUUUGGAAGAAGAGGCAAUUUGUAUGUAAACUAUAUUGAAUUAUUUAUAAAACAUUAAAAUAGUGUUACUGGGUUUUGAUCAAUCAUUUUGUCAGGAAGCAAAUAGUAAACACUAGGUGUUGGUCAGCAUGAAAAACAUCUUGAUUAUGUUUUGGACUGCUACAAAAGUAUUUUCUAUUAAAUUUUGUCUGUCCUCAUAGAUCGUGCACAGUGCUUUUUUGAGGAGGAGGGAGGUUGAUUGUGUGUACACUAGAUAAAUAAAAGGAUAUGACUCCACGGAGAGCCAAAAGUACUUAUCUCUGUUUGGAGGCUUUGCUGUUAUGGUGGUUUCAUAGAGAAUAAUAAAUGGAUUUCAAGAUACCAAGAUUUUUAAGAGGCAUAUCACAAAUAUUUCCACAGAAAAUAAUUAGUUCCCCUUGUAACAUUCUUUUCAAUAUAGUAUUUGCUAAGAGACUUGGUGCCAUAAUUUUUUUAAAGCUGUGUUAUAAAAUAUGUUCUUUGCUGUUUGAAAUUACUGUAAAUGUAAUUGUAGUAAAUGAAAUUUUGAUCCCAAAAACCUACAGGUUGUUUCUAAGUGUAUUUGAAAAAAUAGGGAGUCGGAUAAUCUGUGUAGGUGAUGAAAGAUGCUGUUGUUCUAACCAGAUACUGUUAAAAUCCACAUGAAAUGCAAGCAGUUCAGUACUGCAUUGUGAGUCUUGCCAAAGGUUGAAGUGCUGGAUAGCACUUUACUGCGACCUUCUCUCUAUUUAAAGGAGCGCAGUUUUAAAAACAGCAACCACCGUGGCGGAACCUUGUAGUGGGACAAAAUAUCUUUUCACUAGCUGAUCCUUUACAAUCUCAGAGCUUUAAAGUUUGUAAAUGGUAGCUUGGUUAUCGCUAUUAUUUUUUAAAUAAUAGUUUGCAAAAGCAGUUACUGUAACUUCCGUGGCUAAGGCAUUCUCUAAAAACAGCAAACGAAGAAAGGCUUUAUGUGCAUGAGUGCAUAGUAAAUUAUUAUAUGGCAUUUUAUGUACCUAUCUUAAAAUUAUAAAUGCUGAUUCAGCCUUAUGAGAUCACCGAUGCUGGUAAAUAUGCCCUUUUCACAGAAGAUAAUUGAAGAUUAAUUGUGAAAUAAGCCCUUUAGUCAGGAGGGGAGAUGUGGUGGUUAAUUGAUCCAAAAACAUAAGAACAGCAUAACUUUAGGAGCAUAUACACCAAACUAAAACUGAUUAUAAAGUCCUGCAAUUUUAGUCUCAGUAGUAUUAACCUUCAUGUUUAUUGCUAAGUCAAUCUGCAACAUAUAUAGAGAAGGAAAAAAGCUUUUUCACCUUAUUUGUGGCCAAAUAUAGAUGUUAAAAUACUUGAUUUUGUAGGAGAGGAGGUGAAAUCUCAUAUUUCAUGGCCUUUUUUAGCAUUAAUAUUGAAAUAUGCAAACAGAAUGCAUAAAAGGUGGAGAAAGAAAGGGUUUAAUUAUCAGAAAAGGUGCUUGUAGGAAGGGUUAGCCGCAUACUGUGUCUCUGCAGUCAGGUAAGGAAAGAUCUCAGAAAUUUAAAUCUAAAUGUUACAUGUUUAUUGCAUUAUUCAGCACAACAAUAACAUGAAAAGAAAUCCCAAACAAAAAAUAACUAGAGAAUGGAACAUGUUCAUUUGUUCAUUCAUUGCUUCAUCAUUUUUUUAAACAGUGUGUGAAGGUAAUUUUUUGUCUAUGGGAUCGUUGAUUAUUGUUAAUCUCAAAAUUGAAUUUUUGUCUUUUGUAUCUAAUGGUUCUGCAAAGCCAUGAAUUGUCUAACGUAAAGCCUUGCAUUCCAUCUUCUGUUUCCAGACUCCAGUCAAUAAUACUUUACUUAAGAAUACUCAGCUUUACUUCACUGGAAGACUGUGGCAGUUCUGCAUGACUGUAUUGAAGGCCUAUCUGCUGGGAGUGGAGCAGAUGCAGGUAGUCUUCUAAGGUUGCCAGGGGAACACAGAACAGAACAUGAGACACACCUAGAAAAGCGUGUUUAGUUGAAACUUGUUAACACUAGCCUUAAAGGCAGGCAGAAACAGAGUACUGGAAAAGACGUUUAAACUGAGUAUGGAUGCUGGUGGGGAACUUGCAUACAUUUUGGUUAGGUUGCUGAUUCCCAGGCUGUCUCCUGGUCCUCCCUUGUGUUGUGCAGCCAGUGUUUAUGUGGAUAUGUAUGGAACCACAUCAGGAACCUCAUUCACACAUCUGUUUCUAACCUGGGGCACCAUUCUGACUGAAUUUUCUGUGUUGGCACAACGGAAUGAAUUGUGAAAAUCCCAACUGCUGAAUGGUGCUGGAUGAUAUUACAUAAGUGAUUCCCUACAUUCUACCCGUCCUGAAGAUAUGAGGUGUCAGAAUAAAGGUCCAUGACUUAAUUCCAUCUUUUUGAAAACAUGUAGUGCUUCACUCAAAAAUUGUAGCUGAACUGCUCCAAAUAUAAACUAUACAAGCUAUUAAAUUUUUAUUAAAUCUAUAUUCUUGGUUAUUGGCUAGUACAGAAUUUCUUUUGUAUGGUUUUGGGGUUUUCAUUGGUGUGGUCUGAUCAGAGGUUUUUUAUUGAAGUCUGUGUAAUUGUUACUACAUGUAGUCCAAUGAAAGUUAGUGCCUCAUAAUUGUAUGUGAAUUAAACUUUUGGGUUCCAUCCACACUAGGGGGCUGUGUUGCUUUAACAAUGUCUGUUUCAAAGAGUAAAGUGCUCAAGUGAAUGGGAACAGAAUAGUAAAGGGGAAUGACUUGCAAUUUAGACAAAUACAGUGUAGGAGCAAAGAAAUUUUAUUAUCUAUGUGCUUUGGUAAAAAGUUGAAAAGUUGAAAGAUGAAGUGAUGCUCUCGUUGUCAUGAGAUGAGUAGAAAGGCUGAGACCUGGUUACUUUCAGUCAUAGCAUGGCUUAUCAGACCUGGAUGCAGUAACCCAGUUUGCUGGAAUUGGGGACAGAUAGGUUGCUCAUCAUCAAGAUUUAGGAACCUGUAGUAUUUUUUUCUUCAUAAAGGUGGAUUUUCUAUACAGACCAUAUCUCAGUUACACUGCGUAUCCCAGGUUUUAUAUAUCUGUGAUUAUAUUGUGAAAUGUCAGAUAUAUUUCCUCUUUGCAGCUCCCUGUAUUUUUAUUGAUAAAUAGUUGCAAUCAACACUUUGUCUUACUAUUAAUUUCUUCUUUUUUCUUCUCUCUACUAAUAUCUUCAGCUACUGAGUAAGAUUAAUAGUCCCCAUAGUUUAGCUGCAGAAUUUUAAUAAACAAAGUUUAAUUAAAACAAGAGAAGCACAAUAAACCUAAAGGGUUCAGCCUUAUCACUGAUUCUAGUCAUUGUUUUCUGGUUUGUUGUGUGUUUUUAAGAAUUGAGAAGGGGAGAAGGCUGGAAGAGAACUUCAGGUUUUUGUAUUUAAUUGAACCAACAACAUGUGCUGAUAAGUAAUAAAUAACCAUGACACAGUGACUAAAUAAAUUGGUUUCCUCAAGCAGUGGUUCAUUCACUGUCUUUCAUUGCCAUCAGGUUAAGUGAUAGAUUCUUUUUGUCAGCCCAAAGGAGAAAUGUUCAAUAGUGUAACAACCUCCUUUUAAUUCCAACCAGAGCAACCUUUAAAAUGCCUUGAAUUAAUAUAAAUAAAAAAUUCAGCAAUUAAACAAAACUUGGGCUCCUCAUUGACUUACAAAUAAAAUCUGCAGAAACAGUUAUCAAGAAAGCAUAUUGUGGUGAUUCAGUGCACCUUUUUGGAAGAAAUACUUCUGAUGAUAGGCAAGGGUCUUGUACUUUUGCAGAAGAAUAGAUUGUUGGUAUUGAAUCUGGACAUCAGGACAUUAGAAGGAAUUCUGGACAUCAGGAGGAAUCUCUUUCACAGAAAGUGUUGUUAAACAUUGGAAUGGGCUGCCCAAGGAGGUGGUGGAGUCACUCUCCCUGGGUGUGAUCACAAAAUGAUUGGGCCAUGGUGUCUGGGUGACAAGGUGAUGAUCAGUCAGAAAUUGGACUACAUCAUCUCAGAGUCUUUUCCAACUUUUCUGACCUCUGCAUCACUUAGUUCAACAGCAGUGUGAUAGAGUAGACUUGGAGGGAUGCUGCUGAAGGGAAAUCAUGGGCUAUUAUAAACAUGGAUUUAUAAUUCAGACUGCAUAUGUCAGUCAUUGGCAAAUUGCGCUUAUACUCCUAAAUUUUAAAAAUUUGAUUCCUUUCAGAUUUUUGAUGUUGAAGAACCCAGCUAAUCCCAAACCCAUUUCAUCAGAGAUAAUUGGGGUGACUGGGAGUAUAUGCUUAUAGAAGAGAUGGAAGUUCAGAACUUGUUCCUAUGGCAGGCUCCUUGUUGUAUGGCUCUUAGAAACUUUACCCUGAUCAUCUGCGUGACAAAUGCAUGGCACCAUACCACGUGCCAUGCAGCACUGAAGAAACAAAAUGUUAGUGAAAAGGAGGGACUUCAAAUGUAGUAGAGUUUUUAGAUAAAAUUAAUCUUGCUGCUUGGCUGCUUAAACGUUACAAAAGGCAGCUACAAAUUUCAGCAGGUAUCCUCAAACGUUUUCGCACAAGUUCCACGGCUAAACUAGUUUUUUUUAAUCAGUUCUACAUUGUCCUUUGUCGAAGCUCUUCACUCUCCACACCAACACCCCUAAUUAAAGCAACAGCCAGUAUUGGCUGUAGUACAAAGAGCCUAUUCUAUUCUGUUUCUUAUAUCCUUAAAGAAGAGUGAAUCUGAUCACAUUGCAAACUCUUUAUCAUAUAUUCUUAAUGUCACUGUGGUCUCAGGACAGGUUCUGACUGUAGCUUCUGCUUUUAGCUCAGCACCAGACCUGCAAACAAUAUUGAAAUUACUCAUUACUUUUGACAUUUCUCUCAAACACCUGUGUUUUAUGCCUACAAGUGUUCUUGCUGCAUUUUCAGCUAAUUAUUGCUCUUUUCUGUUGUGUUUGUACUUAGAAAUAAAUAUUAACCAUGUGCAGGCUGUUAUUUCUCUCUGACAUUUAUCUAACCUUCUGAUUUGCCUUCCCAUCCGGUUGUUAUGGAACUGUAAAUCACAGUUCUGCCCUACACAGCAUUUGGAAGUCCAGAAUACAAUAAAGGACUGGUCUACCUGUGCAUCAGCAUUUGUCAUGCUGUUUUUAUGCCUUGACAGCAACUCCUAAUGUUACUGCCCAGUAACAACACAAGUGGCGCACCACCUUCUCAACACAGAAAGAUGGUUCCUGCUCCACGGGAGGAAGUGGAAGAAAGUACAGAAGGAAGUUAUCUUCCUUCUCCACAUGUGUUGCAAAGUUAUGGACAUAAUGCCUGAUUUGCUGGUGACGUGAGUUUUUGAAAACUCUACAGAGUUGUCACAAUAAAGUGAAAAUGAACUGA